GAGGCGAGAUAGCGACAGACCUGACAAGCUCGUCUUUGCUUGUCCAUCUGCGCUCGCUUACGCAACCGACCACCAGAGGACUGCACUGAUUGACCUGCUAUCAGUUCCAGAUCAAUUAUCCUCAAGCGACAGGAUUGUCCAAGUCGUCAACGUAUUCGCUUGUCAACUUGCGACCUCGCGACAAGAUGUCCAAGACAAAGGAAAAUCGCCCUGCUGAGGGCUUUCAUCAGGAAUACAUCGCAUCGCUUCGUUAUCGAAAUGAUUUGCCACCACCAGAGAUGCCUCCAAAGUUCUUGGAUAUUCCUCACGAAGGGUUGCAGCGAUUCUUAGCUCCCGGCUAUGCUUCGAAUAUGGCCAGGCGAGAGGAACCGGGUAUUGAUGUCGAUGCUGAAGGUGGUAUGCCAAUUGACCUAGUCGGAAUACCAGGCCUUCACUUAGGCGAUGAAAGUGCCAUUUUGAUGCCGGAAAAUCCACCACCACCACCUGAUCCUCGAGACCUGCCAUUCUUAGUCCCGCUUGACCAGCUCAAGAACCCGGCAGUGAAGAAUGUCAACGUCAGUUUCCUUCGUCGUACUCAGUACAUUGCCGUGGAACAACGAGGCCCUGGCGGUUUCAAGCCGCCGGCGGGAAGAGUUAAACCCCGUGCUUCUGAGAAACCCAAGCUAGCCAACGACGAUCCGGUGUAUAUCAAGAAGUACAUUAUGAAAGGGUUUGACAUUGCUUAUCCACAAAGUAAGCAUACUGGGGAGGAUUCUGCCGAAAAAAUCAAGGGACACACACCACAAAAGCCGGAAUUGGAUGCUUGGGCUCGCCCUGUUCAUCCAGAGAACCCCAAACUCAAACCAGUGGGAUUCUUCCCGGUUCUUCCAGACUUGCAGGGAUAUCCAGAUCCAGGUGGCUUUGUUCAGUUCAAGUUCGACAAACCGCCCUUGUUGGCAGCUUCAGGGAAACGCGAUGAUAGGAUCGAUGUUGGUCUGUUGUAUCCUUCUGCACCACCCGAGCAUGUUCUCGAAGAGCAUGAGGCAAAGGCUAGAUUGCACAAGAAUAAUCCUAGACUUUACAAGGAUCCAGGCCCCAUCCCAUGGGAUUACGACUUGUUUGUGCCGGAGAAGAAGGGUACUGUCACGAAGAUCAAGAAGAAUCUUGAUCUUUCCAACCCGAACAGAGAUGAUGAGGACUUGUACACGAAUGAUGAUGGAGAGAGCAAAUUCCAUCGCUACGACAGAUUACGAACAUAUUCUACGAAAGCUCAACAAUUGAACUCGGAUCAGAAACAGCGCGAUAUUGCUUUGACAUUCUUCGAUCCAGCCAAGGCCAAGUCAAGCGAAACUGAUAACGGCAUAAAAGCUGCUUAUUAUUACCCCAUCCUGGGCAAAAUGCGACUUGCGCCCGAACGAGCUCGCAAAAUCGCAAAAGCAGGGCUGUCCCGUAGUCACGGCGAAUCUUCUGGCCGUGAGGACCAAGCUGACCAGAUCCAUGUUACUGUCCGUGACCCCGACGAAGCUGAAAUCUACAAGCGAAGUCUGCACCGUGGUAACGUGGAUCCUGAAUUCAAGAAGAACAUACCGCCUCCUCCGACACAAUUGGAGGAAGAAGACGAGGGAAAUGAAAACGGGAAUACACAAAACAGUGCUGAUGCUGAAGCCGACCCUGACGUUGCACAGGAGAGCUCGAGACCGGGACGAGAAGAUUAUUCGGCCGAUGAAUCUGAUUGAUUUGUGUCUACGGUUCGGAUACACCCCAUCAAUCACAUAGAUCUUGUAAUAAUGCAUGUGACGGCGUUCUUCGAUGGCUUGAUUUCCUCAUUUCUCUUCAAUCCACGCAAUCUUUUUCUCAAUCUCGAAAAGUCCAUUCAUACCUAUGAGGGAUUUUGAUAUCCCUCGAUCAAAAUCCUUCCGAUAUUCGAUGGAUCACUGUAUCUUAU